AUGACUGAGCGCAGCGAACGUUCCGCUGCCUCGGGUGGGUGUGAGACAGAAACCGCCUCGAACGCAGGGCUGGGGGCUGCGGCACGCCCGGGCUCCCUGCAGCGGGGCUGGGUGGAGGAGGGCUCGUCACGGGCGCGGUGCUGCACGCUGCGGCUGCGCUCCUGCCUCCGAGCAUCCCUCACUCAGCCUCGCUCCGUGCAGGCGACCACCAGCCCCGCGGUGCCGGAGACAACCACCGACUUCUACUCGUGGGAGGAGGAUGGGUACUCGUGGGAGGACAGCAUGCCGCCCGAGCUCUGCGAGAAACAGGCAGUGCAGGGCUUCGCCCGCACCUACCAGCCAGCUGUGUACCUGCUGCUCUCGCUGCUGGGCACGGUGGGGAACGGCCUGGUGCUGCUCACGCACGUCCGCUACCGCCGGGCACACAGCAUCACCGACGUCUGCCUCCUGCACCUCGCGCUGUCCGACCUCCUGCUGCUCCUGACGCUGCCCUUCGCCGUCACCGACACGCUGCAGGGCUGGUCCCCGGGCACGGCCGCCUGCAAGGCUCUGCAGGGCCUUUACGCUCUCAACUUCUACAGCGGCUUCCUCUUCCUCACCUGCAUCAGCGUGGACCGCUACGUGGCCAUCGUGCGGGUGCCGGCCGCCUGCCGCCUGCGCCCGCGGGCUCGCCGCCACGGCUGGCUAACGGCGGGCCUGGCCUGGCUGCUGGCCCUGCUGCUGGCGCUGCCCCAGUUCAUCUACAGCCGAGCGGAGCAGCACCAGGACCUCCGGCUCUGCCGCGUCGUCUUCCCGCGGGCGGUGUCGAGGCCAGCCCGAGGGGCCACCAACCUGGUGCAGGUUGUGCUGGGCUUCGCCGUGCCGUUCCUGGUGAUGGCGAGCUGCUACGCGGCCGUGGCUCGCACGCUGCUGGCGGCCCGCGGUGCCCAGCCCCACCGAGCGCUGCGGGUGCUGCUGGCCCUCGUGCUGGUGUUCGUCGCCCUGCAGCUGCCCCACAGCCUGAUGGUGCUGCUGGACGCGGCCGAGCUGCUGGCCAGCUGGGAGAUGAGCUGUGCGCAGAGCCGCCGCAAGGACCUGGCGCUGCUGGUCACCGGUGGGCUGGCGUACCUGCGCUGCUGCCUCAACCCCCUCCUCUACGCCUUCCUGGGCCAACGCUUCCGCCGGGAGCUGUGCCUGCUGGCCAGCGAUGCGGGCUGUGUGGGUCCCCUCGAGCAGCGCUGCCCCAGCUGCCCCAGCCCCCGCCGGCGCUCGUCGCUCUCCACCUGCCAGGAUGUGGUGUAG